UUUGACUCGGAUGUUGUGUCAUGUGACAAUCACUGCUGAUUUUUUUUUUGUGAUGGCCGUCAGACGUGAGGAGCUGUAACGAUCUGCGUUUGUUUUCUAUUCGUCUAAAAUCAAACAAAACCAGUAGCAUGUGAUAUUCUUCAGUAGAAUUGCCAGGAGUUUACAGCAUGGCAGUUCGAGAGGUCAAAGUGUGUUUACUAGGGGAGUCUGGAGUGGGGAAGUCUAGUAUUGUGUUGCGGUUUGUCAAUGACUCAUUCAAACCAGCUCUGGAGAGCACCAUAGGGGCCUCUUUUAUGACAAAGAGAUUAGAUGUGGACGGCGUGUCGUAUCAAUUUCAAAUCUGGGACACUGCAGGGCAAGAAAAGUAUCGAUCCCUGGCACCCAUGUAUUACAGAGGGGCAGCGGCGGCCAUCAUUGUAUACGACAUCACGCGAGAGGCCACCUUUAGAACUGUGAAGGACUGGGUGAGAGAGUUAAAACGAAACUGCACAACUGACUUAGUGUUAGCUAUCGCAGGAAACAAAAGUGACCUUAAUGAUCUCAGAGAGGUCAGAGUUCGAGAGGCUGAGGAAUAUGCCCAGUCUAUAGGAGCCCAUUUUAUUGAGACAAGUGCCCUAUCAGCCAUAAAUGUACCACAGCUGUUCAAAGCAAUAGCUGAGGAACUUCCUCCUGAGGACUCCAUCUCAGUUCGACCAGGAAGUACAGUCCAUCUGCGUCGUCAUGACGAAAACAAAGAAACCCAAACCUCAUGUUGUGGAUCAAAGAAGUCAAGAUGAUGCUGUGAUCUCUAGAAGAAUUGUAAUAUCUUUAUCCUGUAUAUUUAUUUUUUAUACUGUACAUGUAUUUGAUAUUGGAAUCGGUUAAGAUUCCAAACUACGAAAUAUGACAUUUUACAUUCAUUGAUACGGUAUGAUACGGAGUUGUUUUGUAAGAGAGAGUGCUGUGUAGCAGUGAGUCUUGCUCCUAUAUCUAGUCCAGAAUUCAAAGCAUUGUUUGAUUUCACAGAAAUUUAGUAAAUUUCACAUGGAAAUGCUGUGAAACAAAAAUUUGAAAUCCGUUUUUCCCAAAACUGAUUUGUAUUUGUUUGAAAUGAUGUCAAAAUUGUUACGUCUAAAAUCACGGUCAAAAUUUGGUUCAAAGUAGACUCAUAAACCACACUCUAAUAUACAUGUAGCACACAGAAUUUUGUCAUCUGCUGCUCCUCUAAUUAGUCAAUGAAAAUUUAAUCAAUUUUGAAUUGAAUAUAUAAGCAGAGUUUUUGGUGCUUUGAAGUAUUUAAACAGAUUUAACAUUUUCUCAGCAUAUUUUUUCGUGAGCUUUUUGUGCAACUGCAGACAUACAGUUCUUUAAACUUAUAAAAUCAGGACGGUCGAUCACGAUGAGCAGAUUUUGAGUCUUUAUUUAUAGUAUUGUAUUAUUUUACUAUAAAAACAUUUACUUUUUAGCAUGCAAUUGUCUCUGUUUGGAAAGAAAGAUUUCUAUUGCAAAAAAUUAAGUGGAUGGUUUUUUUUACUUUUGAUUCUACUGUGAAAUACUGUAAAUCAUUCAGUUUGUUGGUUUUUGAUUUAUGUUUGGAGGUGGGAUGGGGGCCAGUGUGUGUGUGUGUGUGUGUGUGAUUUUCCUUGUUUUCAUGGUGUGGAUAUGCCCAUGAUUGUAAAUCCUCCGUAACAAAAAUAAAAUGAGCUAAAUUGAGGAAAGACAACUCUUACACCCAUAAAAUCAAGUUCUCAAACCACAAAAAUUUGAUCCAGUGAAAAAAAUAAAGUUAUUCACAUAUCUUGUACCCUGUAUUCAUGGCAUUACUUCUCCUUCUGCUUUGUACUCGACCACAUUUCAUUACAAAAACACAAACAAGAGAGGAAAUGUUUUUAGAUAUUGCAUAAUCAUUUUGUAGAGGAUAUCUUCUUCAAAUUAACUAUUCCAAAAGGUGGCAGGCUUUGUUUAAAGAUAGCACACUUUGUUAUUACAAUGAAGUAACAAGACAUUGUAUGUGUCUCUCUGAUGUAGAGUCAAUGUUUGACGUCAAAAGAGACAAUCUGAUUGAAGUGGUGUAUAGGGCUGACUGAUGCAUUUCUUUGUAUGACAUUUUUCUGUCUGCUUUCAACUGACAAUUGAGGUUCUGUGUUUGCAGAGGGAUGUGACAGGGUUAUUUUUCACCGAUGAUUUUUAAAUGUGUUAUUAUGUUAAUUAUAUGUAAACAUUCCAUGAACUUAAGUGAAAUAUUCAAAUGUUUUUAUACAUGUAAUACCAUAUAUUAUUAUAUUUUAUGAAAAGCAUUGACAAUAAACAAAUGUGAAUUUGCA